CCCGAGCGGGAGGCGGAGGCAGCGGCGGCCGCGCGGGGCGGGGAAGCCCCGAGUGACGGGCGCGCGGGCCCGGGCGGCGCGGGGCGGAGCGCCCGGCUGGGGCCGAGCUGACGGCGGCAGCUCCGCGUGUCCCGGCGCUGCGGAGCGGGCGCCUCCCGCGCGGAGCACAGUAUUCUCCAAAACUGAAGCUUGUAGAAUUCACAAAUUGAGAUCUGGGUAUCAUUUUCACCGUGACCUUCAGUAAUGUGUAGCAAAUGCGUAACAACCCUCCCCAAAUGGAGUGACUGAAGAAAUUAAAAAGAAACUGAAUUGACUGAGCAGAGAUUGAAAGAGAAGAGCAAAUUAGUCUUCAUUAAUUGCUGAAUAGAUGUUCCUUCUGUAAUGGAAGAUGAUUGAAGACAAGGGCCCUCGAGUUGCUGACUAUUUUGUGGUGGCAGGAUUGACUGAUGUCUCAAAGCCUCUGGAAGAGGAAAUUCACUUCAAUGAUGCCUGCCACAAAGUAGCUAAGCCAAAGGAACCUAUCACUGAUGUUUCAGUUAUUAUGAAAUCUCUUGGGGAGGAAGUUCCGCGGGAUUAUGUUUGUAUUGAUGUCACCCCAAGUGGACUAUCCGCUGACCUCAAUAAUGGAAGUCUUGUGGGUCCACAGACUUACCUCUGCUAUAAAAGAGGAAGAGAUAAACCUCCACUUACAGAUCUGGGGGUCUUGUACGACUGGAAAGAACGCUUGAAACAAGGCUGUGAAAUCAUUGAGACUACUCCCUACGGACGCCCUGCCAACAUCAGCGGGGGCACGUCUUCACAGCGGGUCUACAUCACUUACCGGAGAGCCUCUGAGAACAUGACCCAAAACACGCUGGCUGUCACAGACAUAUGCAUUAUCAUACCCAGUAAGGGAGAAAGCCCUCCACACACAUUCUGUAAGGUGGACAAGAACCUCAGUAAUAGUAUGUGGGGGUCAGCUGUGUACUUAUGUUAUAAAAAAUCGGUGGCAAAGACUAAUACUAUAUCAUACAAAGCUGGUCUAAUUUGUAGGUAUCCUCAAGAAGAUUAUGAGUCAUUCUCACUACCAGAAUCUGUUCCCCUAUUUUGUUUACCAAUGGGCGCAACCAUUGAAUGUUGGCCACCAAAUAGCAAAUACCCUCUCCCAGUAUUUUCUACUUUUGUGUUAACUGGAGCCUCAGCUGAAAAGGUCUAUGGUGCUGCUAUUCAGUUCUAUGAACCAUACCCUGAAGAAAAUCUCGCAGAAAAGCAGAGACUUCUUUUGGGCUUAACUUCAUCAGCAGAUGGGAAGUCUGACAGUUCCAAAACAAUCCAGACUAAUAAGUGCAUCUGUCUCCUUUCCCACUGGCCUUUCUUUGAUGCGUUCAGAAAAUUUCUGACUUUCCUGUAUCGUUAUUCCAUCUCUGGACCUCACGUGCUUCCCAUUGAGAAGCAUAUUUCUCAUUUUAUGCAUAAAGUUCCUUUUCCAUCUCCUCAGAGACCACGGAUUUUAGUUCAGUUAUCACCACAUGAUAAUCUGAUUCUCAGCCAGCCUGUGUCGUCACCUCUUCCACUCAGUGGUGGAAAGUUUUCAACACUACUCCAGAAUUUAGGCCCUGAAAAUGCUGUGACUCUGCUGGUGUUUGCAGUGACCGAGCACAAGAUUCUCAUUCAUUCCCUGCGGCCCUCCGUGCUCACUAGUGUAACAGAGGCCCUGGUAUCCAUGAUUUUCCCUUUCCACUGGCCGUGUCCCUAUGUUCCUCUCUGCCCACUGGCUCUAGCCGACGUCUUGAGUGCACCGUGCCCUUUCAUAGUAGGAAUUGAUUCCAGAUACUUUGAUCUCUAUGACCCCCCACCAGAUGUUAGUUGUGUUGAUCUAGAUACCAACACCAUUUCACAAAUUGGUGACAAGAAAAAUGUAGCCUGGAAGAUACUUCCAAAGAAGCCAUGUAAAAAUCUGAUGAACACACUGAAUAAUUUGCAUCAGCAACUGGCAAAGUUGCAGCAGAGACCAAGAGACGACGGACUGAUGGAUCUCGCCACGAAUGACUAUGAUUUUAAUUCCGGAAAGAGAUUGCAUAUGAUAGAUUUGGAAAUCCAAGAGGCAUUUUUGUUUUUCAUGGCUUCAAUUUUAAAAGGCUACAGGUCAUACUUAAGACCAAUAACUCAAGCCCCGUCUGAGACAGCCACGGAUGCCAGCUCUCUGUUUGCUCUUCAAGCUUUCUUAAGAAGCCGGGACCGGUCACAUCAAAAAUUUUAUAACUUGAUGACCAAAACACAAAUGUUCAUUCGCUUCAUUGAGGAAUGUUCUUUUGUCAGUGAUAAAGAUGCGAGCCUGGCGUUUUUUGAUGAUUGUGUAGAUAAAGUGGAUAUGGAUAAGAGCGGUGAAGUCCGACUGAUAGAACUAGAUGAGUCUUUCAAAAGUGAACAUACUGUUUUUGUGACCCCACCUGAGAUCCCCCGCCUUCCCGAUGGUGAAGAACCUCCGCUACAGUACAGCUAUAAUGGAUUUCCAGUUCUUAGGAACAAUUUAUUUGAGAGACCUGAAGGUUUUCUGCAAACACGAAAGAGCAAGUUGCCUUCCAAAGCAAGUAAUCCAGGCAGUCCGUCACCCAUGUUCAGGAGAACCAAACAGGAAAUUAAAUCAGCCCAUAAAAUUGCCAAGAGGUAUUCGUCCAUCCCGCAGAUGUGGUCUCGGUGUCUGCUGAGGCACUGUUACGGGCUGUGGUUUAUCUGUCUCCCAGCGUAUGUGAAAGUCUGUCACUCGAAAGUCAGGGCUCUGAAAACCGCAUAUGAUGUGCUCCGGAAAAUGCAGUCAAAGAAGAUGGAUCCUCCCGAUGAGGUGUGCUACAGAAUCCUCAUGCAACUCUGCGGACAGUACAAUCAGCCUGUACUUGCAGUCCGAGUGCUUUUUGAAAUGCAUAAAGCUGGUAUUGACCCCAAUGCCAUUACAUAUGGUUAUUAUAAUAAGGCUGUUUUGGAAAGCACCUGGCCUUCCCGAAGCCGUAGUGGCGAUUUUCUUUGGACAAAAGUAAGAAAUGUUAUUUUAGGAGUAGCACAGUUCAAAAGAGUGCUGAAGAAACACCGGCAUUUAUCACAAACAAUUCUCUCAGCAGAUGGCAGUGACCUGGACACCGUUAGUCACGGCAGCAUGGACAGUGCUCGUGGAACUCACACUAUGGAACAGGCACCUUUGAGCACGGGUUUAAUCAAAGUGUAUGGUACUGAGGAUAGAGCUAGUACAGGUGGCCAGUCUGAUCUUGGAUAUAAUUCAUUAUCCAAAGAUGAAAUUAUACCAGGGACUACAUCUAGUGAAGACAUUCAGGGAGAAAAAGAUAAGAAAGGGAGUGAUUCUAGUUCCGUGUCAGAGAGUGAGAGUGCAAAAGGAAGUGCCGAUUGUCUUCCUAAACUCAAUUACCAAAGUACUUCCAGUAUAGUUCGCUCAAGUAAGAACAGCGCUGAAAAACUAUCAGGAGAAAGUGUGGAAAGCACCUCAGACCUGCUCUUAAUAUCAUCUCUUAAGAAUGCAAACGAAAUAGGAAGCAUUCCAAGUAGAUGCUUCAGGAAAAGACAUAAAAGUGACAAUGAACCUAAUUUGCAAUCACAAAUGUCCUGGGGAAAUCGGAACCACAGUCUCAGUGGUGGAGUUCUGAUGGGACUUAUGCUCAACAGAAUUAACCAGGAAGCAGACCCUGGUGAUAUGGUAGAGAAAUUAGGAGCCGAUGCAAAGAUCCUCUCAAAUGCUAUCACAGAAAACACAAGGCCAAAUAGCCUUGAUAUUGGAAAGCCGCCUUUAAGAUCAAAAAGAGACAGUCUCGAAAAGGAAUCCAGUGAUGAGGACACCCCUUUUGAUGGUUCUCAUUCUCUCAUGGAGAAAGUAGAUUCACCCGUGAUUUUUGACCUCGAAGACAUAGACAGUGAAACCGAUGGAGCGAAAGUGGGGUAUGUUAUGAGCCAGCACCCCAAGAAACUUCAGCAUAUGAACAGCAGCUUUUCGGUGAAGCCUUUUGAAAAAACCAAUGUGGUGACGGGAUUUGACCCCCUCUCUCUUUUGGUUGCUGAGACAGAACAACAGCAAAAAGAGGAGGAGGAAGAGGAGGAAGACGAUAGCAAAAGCGUUUCAACCCCCUCAGCUCGGCGGGAUCUAGCUGAGGAGAUUGUGAUGUACAUGAACAACAUGAGCAGCCCUUUGACAAGCCGGACCCCAAGUGUUGAUUUACAGCGGGCAUGUGAGGAUAAAGGGACCACAAAGAAAAGUCCGACUUUGGUCAAGACGUGUAGGAGGUCGAGCCUGCCUCCGAAUUCUCCCAGGCCAGCCAGGCUUACCAAAUCUAAAAGUUACACCAAAAGUGACGACAGGCCACGGGAUAGACUCUGGUCUUCUCCAGCCUUCUCACCAACUUGUCCAUUUCGGGAAGACUCUCAGGAUGCAUUAACCCAUUCGUCACCUUCCUUUAAUUUAGAUACCCUGAUCGUACCUAAAUUGGAUGUUCUGAGGAACAGUAUGUUUACUGCAGGAAAAGGAGUUGCAGAGAAAGCAAGCAAAUGGUAUUCAAGAUUUGCCAUGUACACCACAUCAUCUAAGGAUCAAAGUUCUGAUCGUACCAGUCUUUCUUCAGCGGGAGCCCAGGACUCUGAAUCUGCCUCUCUAACAGAUGAAGAUGCCUGCCAUGACCUGGAAGGAGCCACUUCUUCCCAGGAGAUCAGCACCACUUCCGGGACGAAGGGAACUGAUAUCAACAGAAUAAGCCUGGAAAGUUCUGCCUCCUUAGAAGGAUCCCUGUCAAAGUUUGCCUUGCCUGGAAAAUCAGAAGUAGCGUCUUCCUGCAGCACAAGCAAUGCAAACAUCUUCCAGAACUACGCAAUGGAGGUUCUCAUCUCCAGUUGCUCUCGGUGUAGAACUUGUGACUGUCUUGUCCAUGAUGAGGAAAUCAUGGCUGGCUGGACCGCAGAUGACUCAAAUCUCAACACGACUUGUCCGUUUUGUGGCAAUCUUUUCCUACCCUUUCUGAAUAUUGAAAUAAGAGAUUUAAGAAGACCUGGAAGAUACUUUCUGAAAUCGAGCCCAUCAGCAGAAAACCUGCAUCUUCCGUCCUCUCUGUCCAGUCAGACAAGGCAGUCCUGCAUCUCUGCAUCAGCCUCCGGUCUCAACACAUCUGUGGUCUCUGUUCAAGGGAAUUUUGAUCUAAAUCGCAAAUCUAAACUGCUGGAAAGUUCAUGUGCCCGAAGUAUUCAGAUCCCUACGGAUAGGUCAAAUGCAGCUCUGUCAAAAUGUCCAAUAUUCCCAAUGGCCAGGAGUGUAAGCACUUCCUGUUCUUUGGAUAAGGAUGACACUGGGAGACAGAAGCUCAUCCCAACAGGCAGCCUGCCAGCCACUCUACAAGGAGCUACAGAUUCCUUGGGGUUGGAAUGGCACCUCCCUAGCCCAGACCCUAUCACUGUUCCAUACCUUAGUCCUUUGGUGGUAUGGAAGGAACUUGAAAGCUUACUGGAAAAUGAAGGCGAUCACGCAAUAACGGUGGCAGACUUUGUGGACCAUCAUCCAAUUGUAUUUUGGAACCUGGUGUGGUAUUUUAGACGUCUUGAUUUGCCCAGUAACUUACCUGGAUUGAUUCUUUCUUCUGAGCACUGUAACAAGUAUUCAAAGAUUCCUCGCCACUGUAUGUCUGAAGAUAGUAAAUAUGUCCUGAUCCAGAUGUUGUGGGACAAUAUGAAGUUGCAUCAGGACCCCGGCCAGCCCCUGUACAUCCUCUGGAAUGCGCACAGUCAAAAUCGUACUCUUUUGUUUGAGACCCAGAAGUAUCCAAUGGUCCACUUAUUGCAAAAAGGUGAUAAUUCAUUUAACCAGGAGCUCUUGAAAAAUAUGGUAAAAAGCAUAAAAAUGAAUGAUGUCUAUGGGCCAAUGAGUCAAAUUUUAGAAACACUGAAUAAGUGUCCUCACUUUAAAAGACAGAGGAGUUUAUAUAGAGAAAUACUAUUUCUGUCACUUGUGGCAUUGGGAAGAGAAAACAUUGAUAUCGAUGCUUUUGAUAAAGAGUACAAGAUGGCGUACGACCGGCUCACCCCAAGUCAGGUCAAGAGCACCCACAACUGUGACAGGCCCCCGAGCACGGGUGUGAUGGAAUGCCGCAAGACCUUCGGAGAACCUUAUCUUUAGAAGAUGUGUGUACACCCUCAAGAUGUAUUUAUAGUCUGUGUGUAUAAAAUAACACUUUUAGACUCGAAACUUUUUUCCUUCAAUUUUUGGAAAUGCAUUUGUAAAUGGUUCAGAAAGUUGAGAUUAUUGAUGUACAGAAUGUUUUAAGGACAGAAUAGGGAGCAAGCCCCUUCCGUUUCCUCUGUCUUUCUUUUUCUUUUUUUUCUUUCAUUCUCCUGUAACAAGUGACAAGUAUUUUUAUGGUGAGGAAAUCCCUAAACAAAAUUAGUUACUAUAAAACAAAACAGCUAUCUUAGGGCUUCUCCUGGGAGAGACUUAUUGGGGGAGGGAGUUGAAGGGUGGAAAUCAUGUAUGGAUCCUACACAAAUGUAAGAUAAAUGUAUCUCCUGUGUUUCAUAGAUUAUUCAAAUGUUUUAACCAUGGAGUUGUAUUAUACAUAUUUUAAAUUGUUUAUAGUAAGUUGAUAUUUUUUUUAAUUUUUAAACUUAAUAUAGCAAACCUAAAAUGAAUUUAAACUUAUGGAAUAAGCAAUGAAGUGCUUACUUUCUUUGCUAUAUGAAGUCAUGAGUGCAGGUCGACACACGUACAUGCAUCUAUUUAUUACUUGGGGGAUGAUUCGGAAAUGUCAGUCUAGGGUCAGGGUUGUCCAAGGAUUGCCUGCAAAAAGGCAAGUCGAGAUGCCGACUGCUCAGACUGACCUGAUGAGGCUGGAGGAGAACUGUGUCUAUGUCUGCUUCUGCAAAAUCAGGUCUGACAUUGCCUGAUUCCAGAAUGUUCCCUAUUGCUGAGUAGCAGUGAAUGCCCAGGGGAAAGAGCUUCUGAAGCCAAAUACCAAUUUAAAUCUUAGUCUACACGAGUAGUCUAUCUACCAGAAAGAUAUUAGAGCUGGGAGGGCAUUUGCCUUGCAUGUGACUUGCCUGGUUCAAUCCCCAGCAUCCCAUAUGGUCCCCUGAGCCCUCCAGAAGUGAUUUCUGAGCAUAAAGUAAGAGUAAGCCCUGCAGACGACCAGGUGUAACCCCCAAACACCAAAAAAAAAAGGUAUCCAUUUACUGUAUUUCAGAUGUUCCCCUUAUUUUAAUAGCUAAAAUAUUGGAUGUGAAACAAAUUGAAGUAUAAACUGUUUAUCAAAAAUAUGACCUACUAGAGUAUUAUGUUGAUAUUAUAUAUUUUAAAUAUAUUUUCAAAAGUAGCUCUCUAAAAGUACAGCCCAGUUAGAAUUUCCCAUAUUGUGGAACUUUUUCAGGGAGUCUUCAGAAUCUGAAGUUUAUAAAACAUAACUCAGAAAUAUUCAGAAAUAAGACAAUAAAUUGAGUAUUUAUCGUGGACAUUAGUCUCAUAAAAAUAUUUUAGUGAUGUUAUUUCUAAUAGCAUUUUCAGUGGCUAAUUUCUGAUUUUAAAAAAUGUUUGGUAAUUCGUAAUAUUCAGAUAUUUUCAGUAUGUAUGUAUCUAUAUGUGCACACGUAGGCAUUAAUGAAGAAAUUCUCUGGUCAGUUUCAAAGAAGAAGGAUGGGGGGUGGAAACCGUUCCAAUUGGUAGGUAUAGACCCAGGAGAACCCAUCACAUUGGGUCCAAAGAGCUCAAGGAGCAUUGAGACUUGGAAUCAUUUUAGCUGAGGGGGGAAAAAAAACACAUUUUGAGUUCAAAACCAACUCAGUUUGAACACAAAUUGAGUUCAGUAGUGACAAGUACUAACUAAGGCAUUCCACAGCUUUCUACUCCAGGAAAUAAUAGGGAGAAUUAAAAACUAAAAUUCUAGUUCACUUCGUUCAAGGCUAAACUUGUUUACUUGAAAAAUCUGGUGCUAUGCACAUCUCCCUGCCUCCUCUGUGAAUCCCGCCCUGGUCUUACCUUCUUCAGCAUCAUUCAAGCUUCACAUCCUGGUUGAGUCUGUGUUCUCUACAUUAGUCAGAAGUUGUCAAAUGAGAGAAAUAUUUGUUAGAUUCGCCUUUGGGCAUUAACUAUCCAAAAAUAAAAUCUUUUCAAACUGGU